GUAUAACUCCUCUAUUAAACUUUGUUCAGAUGUCAACGGUUGAACUAAAAUUAUCCAAGUUAGAUCAACGACUGAAGUUGGCUGUCAGCGAACGACGUUUCUAUGAGGCUCAUCAACUAUACAAGACCAUACAUUUCCGUUGUAUUAUGCGGAAAAAUUAUCAGGAAGCAUUAAAAUAUUUGAAACUAGGUUCUGAGUUUUUACUUGAUAAUGAACAAUGGGAAAGUGGUACUGAGUUAGCUUGCCUUGUACUUGAAGUGUAUAGCCAGAGUGAAACAGUUUUGACUGAAUCUCAUCUAGAUGAAAUUUGUGAACUUUUGAUACGAAUGUGUCCUGGUGAAGAAAGGACACGUUUUGUCCACAAGACACUUCAACUUCUACAGAAGCAAAAAGAUCUUCUGGCUGUGUUCAAUGGAUAUCUCGCUCGUGUAUUGUGGCAAGAAGGAUCUUUCAGUGAAGCAAGGUUGCGUAUCAUGUUAUCUUCUAAUGGCUAUGCGGCUGGUGUCUUCCUUGUUGCUUUGCAUCAGCGAUACGGGCUUCGAUCAGAAAUCGAUUUAUUUAUUGCACAAGCUGUCCUUCAGUUUUUAUGUAUGAAGCAAAUCUCAGUUGCCAUAUUAACGUUUUACACAUAUACACGACGUCACCCUCGUUUAGAGCCUGGGCCACCGUUUGCAGAUUUUCCUUUAUUAAAUUUCCUAUGGUUUCUGAUGUUAGCCAUUGAAAAGAAGUGCAGUCUAGCUGUAUUUUCAGUACUAUGUGAAAAAUACAGUCCCCAACUGAACAGAGACUCUUCUUAUUUAAAAUACUUGGAUAAAAUCGGCCAAUUAUACUUUGGUGUUAAACCUCCUGCAAAUGAAAUGAAUAAUUUUUUUUCACGGAUAAUGCAAAUGUUUAAUGAUGGAGACAAAAUGGAGGAUUCUGUGUCAAGUGAUGACUUAGGUCGUUGUGCGCUGAAUGGGAGUACCGAUGUAAAUUCACCAGAGGAAAUGUGUUUUGAAGAUGUGGAUUAAUGAUUUCGCAUAUAUCUCCACCAACUAUACAGUGCCUUUCGAUUUAGAGCUGGUAGUAUGCACAUACUCAUCUUUAUAGGCGGACUACAAAUACCUACCCACGUAACCGACAUUUGAAUUCUGAGCGUUUUUGGACAAUAAUUUUGUCUUGCAGUUAUGCUUUGUGGAUCUGUUUUCCUCAUGCAUCUUCUAACAAAUAUUUAUUCAUUGGAUGAUUUUACUGUCGGUUUCUUUCUUUUUUUCCUGCUAUAAACUUCUUGAAAAUGCACAAAAUUGUUAAUAUUGAAAUAAAUUAAAUUGUGUACAGAUUCUGUUCUAAAUUUUUCAGUUUUGGUUGUUCAUGCUGUGUAGCGUCUUUUUGAUUAUAUCACGGAUUGUCUUGUUAAUUUGACACGUUUUUUUGACAGCCUUGGUUCAAAAGGGAUAUCUUGAACUGAUACACUUGUUUGAGAUUCUUUGCUGUGGCUCUCUGUUACGGUUAGAAUUGUAGUUAUAACCUUGAAAGCUCUUAAUUCUUUACCAGAUAAAUGUAAAAUUAUUUGUGAUACACUAAUAAAUAACUGAUAAACGAAGAUAAAUAGAGA